GACAGUGCUCUGAGGAGGGAGGGGUGGGAAGGAGCUGGUGCCUGGCGGGAGCGGGGUGGAGGCGACCAUGGAUGACCAGGGCUGCCCGCGGUGCAAGACCACCAAGUACCGGAACCCUUCCCUGAAGCUGAUGGUGAAUGUCUGCGGGCACACGCUUGACCCCAUUGUUGGCACCCAGGCAUCACGACCGAGGAACACUCCUGACGUGACUGCAAAGAGAACGAGAUCUGGACUGAGAGGAAGGAAAGGAGUGGAAUGGGACAAGUAUCCUGGGUAUUUCCAGGCUGCACCGUUCCCUGCCUGCACGGUUACCCCCAUUAUAGACAAGUUGCCCAAGGAUACCUGCUUGCUUUCUCUUCAGAGACUGAUAAUAGGUUUAUUUGCUCCAGGUAUAAGAUGCGAGAGUUGUGUGGAGCUGCUGUUUGUCCGGGGGGCCGGAAACUGUCAGGAGUGUGAUACUCCGCUGCGGAAGAGCAACUUCAGAGUGCAGCUCUUUGAAGACCCUGCCAUCGACAAGGAGGUGGAAAUUCGGAAGAAAGUAUUGAAAGUAUACAAUAAAAGAGAAGAUGACUUUCCCAGUCUAACGGAAUAUAAUGAUUUCCUGGAAGAAGUAGAAGAAAUUGUGUUUAACUUGACGAACAAUGUGGAUUUGGACAACACCAAAAAGAAAAUGGAUAAUUACCAGAAGGAUAACAAAGAAGUCAUUCAGAAAAACAAGAUAAAACUGACUCGGGAGCAAGAGGAGCUGGAGGAAGCUUUAGAAGUGGAGCGACAGGAAAAUGAGCAAAGGCGACUGUUCAUACAGAAAGAGGAACAAAUGCAACAGAUUAUAAAAAGGAAGAAUAAACAGGCACUUCUGGAUGAACUGGAAAGUUCCCAUCUGCCGGCCUCCCUGCUCUUAGCUCAACAUAAAGACAGAUCUACGCAGCUAGAAAUGCAGCUGGAAAAACCCAGACCAGUCAAACCAGUCACAUUUUCCACUGGCAUCAAAAUGACUCAGCAUAUUUCAUUAGCACCCAUCCAAAAACUGGAGGAAGCACUGUAUGAGUAUCAGCCACUGCGAGUUGAGACCUAUGGACCACAAGUUCCAGAGACUGAACUUCUAGGAAGGCUAGGGUGUCAGUGCUCCUCCUUCAGCAGUGCAGUUGUGCUGUGCGGAGCAGGUCAUGCAAGAAAUCUAGGAAGUUGCAAAAAUACAGUGAAGAGUCCAAGAAACAGAUGAGGUAUUCUCAGACUCUGAGACUUCACUCCUGGAAGAAGGGGAAGUAUUGGAUCCAGAUUCAGAAACACUGGAGGUGAACGGAUAGGAAAGACUUACCCACAUCCUUUUCACUAUGAAACAAAGAUCUGAUGACGCUUCUAAACAAGACUCCAACAGCCCCAACAACAGUAUAUUUGUUGACUUUGGAGCAGAAACCCAACAAAGCAUCUUGGCUAUUAUUAAUGUAACUGUAGAGAGAGUGAUCAAAUCAGAAUCGGAGCAGCCAGCGAAAUGAAGUUACCUUAACAGAGAAGUAGUGAGUUCUUAAAAUGGCAGAAACAGUGCAACUUCUUGGCCUGGAUUCCAGAAAUAGAUGCAGUAGUGGCAGAGACCACAGCCUUCCAAAUGGGAUUUGUUCCCAAAGUAUGAAAUGGACCAAGAGAUUGCAGUGGCUUUGCUGGCCCACCCUUGGGCAGCAUGCUUCCUGAAAUAGUCUUUUCCUAGAAAGAAUCUCACUUGGAGCCUUAAUUAGGCUUUACAGGCUGUUACUUAUAAUUGCUUUGAUCACAGUCAGUCAUUUUUACUAACACCUUUAUUGUUAGUAGAUAAUAUUCUUUGCAGCGAUCAUCUCAGUCAGAAAUGUUUCAAAGCUGGGAGCAUUGUCUGCAGAAUCCAAACGCUGCGUCUUCCAGCCGAAAAGGUAUGGUGCUAAGAAGUAGUGAGUAAUUCAUAUCAAAGAAAAAUGCCAUUCACCUUUGAUCCCAGAACUGUAUUCUCAUCAUUCUGCCCUCACCCAAAGGGUGAAAAGAGAGAAAUAUUGUAGAAAUAUGGGCUCCUACCCUGAAAAUACAUACAAGUGUAAGACAGGGUGACCAGACAGCAAAUGUGAAAAAUCAGGACAGGGUGGGGGUGGG